AUGACUCAACCUCAAUCUCAACUUCAACCGCAGCCGCAAUCCCAACCUCCUCUUUUCCAAGUUCAGCAAUGGAUACGAUCCUUCCCAGGUCCAUCCAAACCAAGUGCAUCUUCAGCAGAAUCUUCAGCAGAAACCACAAUCCCAACAAAUGAAACUGCCACAAAGGAAUACAUAAUCUCCACAGACCCCACCCUACUCUCCUUAUCUGCCAUAAACACCGCCUUUGCCCAAGAAUACAUGCUCUGGGCCAAACCGCUCUCAGAACCCGUAGUGAAAAGAGAUGGUAGACCAUUUGUUAUCCCUAAUUCUUCUUCAAUUCUUAACACCAACACCAACACCAACACCACAAACCUCACCCAAAUAGGCCUUGCCCGAAUAAUCACCGACAACACCACCUUCGCCUAUUUAACUGACGUCUACAUCCUUCCCGAACACCAGUGGGCAGGCUUGGGCUCGUGGUUGCUGCAGUGCGUCACGGAGUGGGUGGAUAGCAGGGGCGACAGUUUUAGGAGAUUCAUGCUUGUGACUGUUGGCGAAAGGGAGGAAGGGGUAUUGUCGACGCGUAAUGGGGGCAGAGGUGCAGGGGAGGAAAGGUGA